AUGUCCACCAGCAUUACAGGUUUGGGCUUUAUCUCCAAUUCCAACGGGCCUAAUCAGUUUCCAACAGGGAGCUUCUUCACAAAUAUGGCGCACUUGUUUUGGGACUUGCCAAAGGAUGAUAGAAUGGAGAUUUACCCUUGGUUGAUCUGGUAUAUUUGGAAAGCUCGCAAUUAUAAGGUUAUGGGUAAUGUGGAUUGGCAUCCCAACAAGAUAAUUACAAAAGCGAUAGCGGAGGCAUUGGCAUGGGCAAAGGCCCAAGAAAGACAAGAAGUCGAAUGUCCAGUUUUAGAUGCACGAGUGGAAAACAUUUUCUCAGUUGACUGUUGUCAAGUGGAUGGGGCCUGGAAGGAGACAAACUGUACGGCUGGACUUGGCUGGUAUAAUGUCAAUACAGUUACGCACAGCAAGCUUAAGGGUGCAUGUAACCUGAGACGAGGAAUAUCACCACUUCAAACUGAAUUGGAGGCAUUGAUUUGGGCUAUGCAAUGUAUGCUACGACAUAACAAAUUAAUAACGGUAUUCGAGAGACGGACUGUUCCGAUGUGGUGA